GCCCACAGCCCGUGCCCGCCCGCGUCGUGCUCCCCACUUGUUCCCAGGGGAGCCGGCGGGUCUGGAGCCUGGAGGCGUCGGGCGCACACACGCUGGCUGGGCUCUGACUCUCCCGGUUCCUCCCUUCCUUUCCUCUGUCCUCCCCUCUCCCGGCCAACCCCGCGUUCUUUCUGCUCCGUGUCCUGACCGCCUCUUGUCACUGGCCUCCGCGUCAGUCCGUCCCUCUCUAACAGUGGCUUUUCCUUCACGGCAGUUACCGUGUCGGUCAGGCUGCACCCCUUUUCUCCUUGGGGCCUGGCUGUCAGUGCUUCUGUCUCCUGCACUGGGAAGGGCCAGGCUCCCGUCUGCCUGUGACCCUGAGCUGGAUGAAAGGCCCCUGGGCGGGCUCCCUGUCGGCUCCUCCCUCGGCCAGAGGACACUUCUGUAGAGCAGGCUGCUGCUGGCCUCCCCUGCCCUCUGGAGCCUCUCCAGGCUUGCAGUCCUGCUCGUGGCUUUCACGCUGCAUAGCCUGGCUCCCUCUUCCCCCUCUCACAGCGCUGCAGGCCUUCCUCUCUCUCCUGGGCCUGGGGUCACGUUGUCCUCUCUCACUCUGCAUUGCUUCGGACAACAUCCCGAAAGCAGAUGAGAUCCGGACCCUGAUCAAGGACGUGUGGGACACUCGCAUAGCCAAGUUCCGGGUGUCUGCCGACAGCUUCGUGAGGCAGCAGGAGGCACACGCCAAGCUGGAUAACUUGACCCUGAUGGAGAUCAACACCAGCGGGGCUUUCCUCACACAAGCGCUCAACCACAUGUACAAACUCCGCACAAACCUGCAACCUUCGGACAGCGCCCAGUCUCAGGACUUCUAGGCAGGGACUGCCUUGUCCAGGCCCGCGUCUGCUGGUAGGAGGCGCACCAGGCGGCGUGAGCGUUCAGGACAUGACAGAGAUGCUCACGUUUCUGGAAAUCUAGACCACCUGUGAAUCUACGAAAAAAAAGUGCAGUGAAGGAAGGAAUGGUUUUAUAACCUGGUUGGAAAGCAACAGGCUUAUGCUCAGUCGAGACAUUCUGUAAUUCCUCAUCUGUGUCUGGGAGCCAGCUGCCUUUUACGGGGGAAGAAAAAGCACCGGCCGAAUGAGCGCAUUCCCCCAGUCUCCUGCACGGGACGGUCGUGUGCCGCUGAGUGUUCAGUGAUGGCGGGUGUUGCUUUUAAGAUAAGAUACGGCAGGACGGUGAUGUGGCCACGGCCUUUCUCUUGGGCUAUAUUCAGAGUCUUCUUCAGAGACUGUUCACACAGUGCGGGACAGCAGAUGAGCACUCGGCUAGUGAUGGUGACCCGUGCUUCUCAUUAAGCCCCGGUACACAAUAAAGGUGGAAUCUCCCA